UACGUUACGCACGCGGCGUCAAAUCAUUGUCGACCAUGGCGGAAUUUGUUCGACUUGACAGCAGCACAAGUAGACAUACCAUGGACAAAAGCAUUACUCUGCCUCCUGACGAGAUAUUCCGCAACUUGGAGAACGCAAAGCGGUUCGCGAUAGACAUAGGUGGGUCUCUCACAAAGCUUGCCUACUACUCGACUGUACAACACAAAGUGGCCAAAGUUCGGUCUUUCGACAAAGCUACGAAGGAGGCUGCCAGUGACAAGCUCUAUGAAAUCUCCGUGCAGGAAGAGGUCACUGCCCGUCUGCACUUCAUCAAGUUUGAAAAUGCCUACAUCGAAACAUGCCUGGACUUCAUCAAAGACCAUCUGGUCAACACGGAAACCAAAGUCAUCAAAGCCACAGGUGGAGGGGCGCACAAGUUCAAAGAGCUCAUUGAGAGGAAACUGGGACUCAAAGUGGACAAAGAGGAUGAGAUGACUUGUCUCAUCAAGGGCUGUAACUUCGUGCUGAGGAACAUACCCCACGAGGCGUUCGUUUAUGCCAAGCAUGCCGACUCAGAGUUCCGCUUUCAGACGACUCAACCAGACAUCUUCCCUUACCUGCUCGUAAACAUCGGCUCAGGGGUCUCCAUAGUCAAGGUUGAAUCAGAGGACAAAUUUGAGCGAAUAGGAGGAAGCUCGAUAGGCGGAGGGACGUUCUGGGGCCUCGGAGCCUUGCUCACCAAAACAAAGAGAUUUGAUGAGUUGCUACAGUUGGCCUCAAAAGGGCAGCACACCAGUGUCGACAUGCUGGUUAAAGAUAUCUACGGAGGAUCUUACGGGUCUUUGGGCUUGACUGGAGAUCUUAUUGCGAGUAGUUUUGGAAAGUCUGCGACUGCUGACAAAGAGUUUUCUAAAGAAGAUAUGGCCAAGAGCUUACUCCAUAUGAUCAGCAACGACAUCGGACAGCUGGCCUGUCUGUAUGCGAAGCUCCACAACCUGUCCAGAGUUUACUUUGGAGGCUUCUUCAUCAGAGGACACCCCGUCACCAUGCACACAAUCACCUACAGCAUCAACUUCUUCACCAAGGGUGAAGUUCAGGCCUUGUUUCUAAGACAUGAAGGUUAUCUGGGAGCCAUUGGAGCAUUUCUUAAAGGAGCAGAGGAGGACAAUCCAAACCAGUACAGUUGGGGGGAGAAUUAUGCUGGAAGCUCCGGCCUGAUGAGCGUAUCUCCAGAUAUGAACCCCAUGCAGCGUGCACGCAGUGGGACGUUUGACAUGUUGGAGAUGGACCGUCUGGAGAGGCAGCUGGUGAACCUGCCUCUGCUGCAGGACCCUUCAUCUUACAUCCCCGACACCAUGGAUCUCACAGAGGACGCUCUGGCCCGAGAAUACUGGCUGUACUGCUUCGAAGAGGCCCUAGAUGGGGUGGUCAAGAGAGCCGUUGCGAGCCAGCCCGACAUGCCGGAGGCAGCCGAGCGAGCCGAGAAGUUCCGCCAGAAAUACAGACACAAGCUUCAGACGCUCCGCCAUCAGCCUUUUGCUUAUGGAUCCCUCACUGUCAGAAGUCUGUUAGACACGAGGGAACACUGUUUAAACGAGUUCAACUUUCCUGAUCCCUACUCUAAGAUCAAACAGAAUGAGAAUGACAUUGCCCUCAAGUACUACCAGAAGGCGGUGAAGUCCUUGGAGGAGCUGAGCUGGGAAGAGAGACAGUUCGCCCUGGUCAGGGGCGUCCUGGCCGGAAAUGUCUUCGACUGGGGAGCCAAGGCCGUGUCAGAUGUCCUCGAAUCCGAUCCUGAGUUUGGCUUUGAGCAAGCUAAACGACAGCUGGAAGAGCGACCGUGGCUUGUUGAUUGCUAUGACCAGUGGCUUGAGAGAUUAAAGGGUCCUCCUCAUAAGUGUGCCUUGUUUUUCGUAGAUAAUAGUGGAGUAGACAUCAUUCUAGGGGUGAUUCCUUUUAUCAGAGAGCUUCUCUCUCGAGGAACGGAGGUUGUGUUGGCCAGCAACUCUGGUCCAGCAUUGAAUGACGUAACGAAUGGCGAACUGCAAAUAUUGACUGAAAGAAUCGCUGCUAUGGAUCCAGUGAUUCAGGCUGGUCUGAGGGAGGACAGGCUGACGCUGGUCCAGAGCGGUUCCAGUUCACCCUGUCUGGAUCUGAGCCGUCUGGACAAAGUGCUGGCGAUGGUGGUUCGGGAGCGACAGACCGACCUGGUGAUCAUCGAGGGAAUGGGCCGAGCCAUUCACACCAACUACUACGCCAUGCUCAGCUGCGAGAGCCUCAAGAUGGCCGUCAUCAAGAACUCGUGGCUGGCAGACAGACUGGGAGGAAAGCUGUUUAGCGUGGUCUUCAAGUACGAGGUGCCGGCUGGAAAACCCAGUCAGGGCUCUGCGGCGGGGACGCCCUCGUGAGCCCGGCGGAGCUCGAGUUUGAGCAGGACAGAACGUAGAAGUCGAGCGGCCAGGAAGGAUCAGCUGGAGCUCUGAAUGUAAGGAUGGUGAUUGUAUACUGCCACUGAGUGAAAGACUGAUCACAAAGCUGACUGUAAAAUUAAGGCAGGUUUUUUUUUUUUUUUUAAGGUGAUCAUUAACAGAGAGAUGUUUUAAUUUUGACACAUUGUUGAUUUUAGUGCUGGUUUCAUGAACGUGGUUUACAACGCUUUCUUGCAGGUCUGUGCUCACCAUCCUGUUCAGUGACUUAGUUUGCUUCCACCAUCACCGCCUAUUGAUCUCAUCUGGAGUUUGUUUUCAUGGCUGCGUUCAGUAAACUUGAACAGACUGUUAUGACAGAUGAGACGUUCGGCUUGCAGAAAAAACGACUGAAAAGCGAAAGUUUAUUUUGCGUCAGUCAUUGACAUGCUGCCAACACACAACACUGAGCAGCCAUAUGGGCAAAUUGUUGGGUUGGAGUGUGUUUGUGUGUUAGAGAGCGAGAGCUGCAGCAGUAAUUACAGCUUUCAGCGGUAACACUUUUUACAUGAAGUGUAUUUAAUGUGCCUUGAGGCUGAUGUGAUGAAAGCGUCAUUCGCUUAGACCGCUUUUAAUUUAAGGCAAUCAUACCACACAGAUAUCUGCUUUUGUUUCCCAGCAACCUUUCGCCAUAGUCUUGGGAGAAUCUAUGGAGCUCCAUUGUUUCAUUACUGCCAUUGAAUGAUCUGAGAUUAAGAAAUGAAUCAUUGUCACUGUCACUUGUGUAGCUGUUAAAGUGGCAUCAGGGAAAACGUCUGAUCAGUGAGAGAGGCAGCACUUUAUCACCAAGAGAUUCAGUUGUGUUCCUCCACAAGGUGGCAGUCUUCUACUGUGAUGUAGUUUUUCAUGAUAUCUUAAAAUCUUUAUCCCAAGGUGCUUGGUGUCCAAAAUUAACACUGCAUAUUUCAGGUUAAAUAUUCUGUCUCUGAUCAAAGCAUCACUUGGAACUUGUUGUCACUGAGCUGGCCGUGGCAUGAGUCCAGGGAUUCAUUGUAACUAACCGGCAUGUUCGAGUACAAGCUGUAAUCCAUCUCUAAAUCAUACAUGCAAUUGUUUGAAGGCAAUAAUAACGCAGCAGGUAGUUGUAACGAACAUCAAACACUGUGUGAUUGUGAAGUGGUUGACUAUAUUGGUGACUUCAUCGUAAAUAUCUGAAUCUAAGGCAGGAUCUGAAUUUAAAAGCCUAAAAUGUUCCCCAAAGUUACAGCUGCUUGACAUGUGGACUCACAUUGCAAUAUUGUAAUUGUCGUUUGUACAUACAUGUGAUAUACAAGUGUGAGUGUGUGUGUCUAUGUGUGCACACACACAUAUAUAUAUUUCAUUUGCCUCACUUCAGUUAAGCACACCAAGCACAAUAUUUGUGUGUUAUUAUUAUUAUUAUUAUUAUUAUCCUGACAAUCAAUUUUAAUUAAAUGGUGAAAACCUUUUAUUUUAUCCUU